AUUUGAUCUAUUAGAUUGUAGAUCCAGUGUGAUCUACUCAUAUCUGUUUUUUUUCGAAGCAAAGGCCCCAAAGCAUAGCAUCUAGAUCUAGUUAGAUUUUUAUGCCCUAGACGGGCUAGCCCAAACCUCCAUCAGGAUCUGAUGGACAUCCAUCAAAUGACCAGGCAACCAUCCCAUGUAUCAUUUAUCUUCCUAAAGUAAAUGGAUUCUGUAAAACAGAAACCUUCGCACUAUGAAGAAGCAAUACUUAAUAAGAUUUGCAUUCAACACUAUCACCACAUACUGACCCCCAUUAGCCUCCAACAUUUAGCACGAGAAUGGCUCAAAGAGGAUGUACCUAGCUUUGAUUAUGCUGGGUUUGUAGUGGGGGAAAAACAAGAAACAGCUGUACUACUCCUGAAAGAAGCUGGAGUUUUAGCAGGAAGGCCUUUUGUAGAUGCAAUUUUCAAAGAACUUGACUGCGUCAUUGUUUGGCAUGCUCAAGAGGGGGAUUACAUUGAACCUGUGAAGCAAAUCGCUACUGUGACAGGGAAAGUCAGACAUCUGUUGCUUGGUGAGAGGGUUGCAUUAAACUGCAUUACUAGAGCUAGUGGUAUAGCUACCAUUGCAAGGCGACUAGCUCAAAAAGCUAAGGCUUGUGGUUGGAAAGGAGAAGUUGCUGGGACAAGGAAGACAACGCCGGGAUUUCGACUGGUAGAAAAAUAUGCUCUUGUUGUAGGAGGGGUCUCAACUCAUCGCCACGAUCUUUCAUCAAUGGUUAUGCUUAAAGACAAUCACAUCUGGACAGCUGGUAGCAUUACUCAGGCUGUUAGAGAUGCGAAAGUGGUUGGAGGUUUUUCUCUCAAAAUUGAAGUCGAGUGUCGCAGUCUAGAAGAAGCCAUGGAAGCAGCUGAAGCUGGGGCAGACAUUGUUAUGCUUGAUAAUUUUUCAUCAGAGUCAGCCGAAAAGGCAUCCAAAGAACUAAAGUUAGCCUUCCCCAAGCUGCUGAUAGAGAUUAGCGGAGGAAUAACUGAAGAAAACCUGACAGAGUUCUGCCUUCCUGAGGUGGAUGUGAUCUCCCUUGGAAAAUUAACUCAAGGCUACACCACUAUUGACAUGUCCUUCAAAAUCAAUAAAGCUGGUAAAGAUCUCAGCAACCCUACAGUGCUCAGUGUAUGAUUAAACAGGAACUAGGAUCUUUUAGGUUUGCAGGUUGAAAGAUUUUUUUUUACUAAUUUGAUAUGACAGAAUGAAGGACUCUUUUCAUUACAAUGUAUUUGUGAAUUUUUGAGUAAAACGCUUUCAUAAGAUCCUCAUUUGUUCCCCUGCCCCCCUUUCCUCUUCUCUCUUUGCCUUGUUAAAAUUAAAUUGCUAUUUGACAUAAAAAUGGAGAAAAAAUAAUAUUUUGAGUAGCAAAUGUGGCAAUGCCAACUUGGUUGAUGUAUGACAGUUAUUUAAUUACUGCCCUCAGUAACUGUAAAUAAUGUGCUGGUAAUUAUUUUUUUUAAUUCUUGAAUUCUUGUUAACUUAUUGUGAACUUGGUGGCCAAGUUAAGCUUGGUACUUCUGUACUAAGCAUCUCAAGUUUGAAUCCUUGUUGAGUUUCGGCCAUCUAAAAGCACUUUUUUUAGAGGCAUGGUGGCUGAGUGGUAAAGCGCUUGGCUUUCAAACUGAGGGGUCCCAGGUUUGUUGAGUUUCGGCCAUCUAAAAGCACUUUUUUUAGAGGCGUGGUGGCUGAGUGGUAAAGCGCUUGGCUUUCAAACUGAGGGGUCCCAGGUUUGUUGAGUUUCGGCCAUCUUAAAGCACUUUUUUUAGAGGCGUGGUGGCUGAGUGGUAAAGCGAUUGGCUUUCAAACUGAGGGGUCGCAGGUUUGAAUCCUGGUGAAGACUGGAAUUUUUAAUUUUGGGACCUUCAGAUUCCCCUGGGUCCACCCAGCUCAUAAGGGUGCCUGACAUUAGUUGGGGAAAAGUAAAGGUGGUUGGUUGUUGUUCUGGCCACAUGAUACCCUCAUUAACCAUGGGCCACAGAAACAGAUGACCUUUACAUCAUCUGCCCCAUAGAUCGCAAGGUCUGAAAGAGGAACAUUACUUUACUUUAUCAGCAUUUUUUAGUGAUGGUAAUUAAAUCUUCCAGAGUUUUCUGCAUCACACAAUGAUUCUGAUUAUGGAUCAUCUCAUAGAAAUGAGGCGAAAGCUUGGGCAUUAGCUAUGGUUGUAGGGAUUUCACCCACACAGCAGUUCCCCGUCUCCAAUCAGUUGAUGUAUCCAAGGGAACAGCAGAUGCCUAUACAGUCUUGGAACAGUGGCGUCACAAGUUAUGCCUGUUCCUGAUUUUUCCUUAGGGUUAACUCAUGAAAUUUUUCUCAUGUUUGUGUAUAGCCGAAAGUCAACAGAGGUUCAGGGUUUUCCUUAUAACUUAUUUAGUAAGAAAACAAUUCUGCAUUUGAAAUAUUUUCUUCCAAAAUAUUGUUGGCAACAUUUUUUCAUUUAUGUAGCAAAGAUUUUUUUUUACUCACCACUAUAUCUUUAAACAUUUAACUCCUGAUGUUCUAUUCAGCAUCAGCAAGAAGUGUAUGAUAAUAUUGCACUUGAAAAUAAAUAAUACUGACCCAAGAAACAGUAAGCCAGAAAAGCUAGUUACUUGUUUUGGUAAAGAUAAAGCAAGAAAAGUAAUUUUAGCCAUUUUAAUAGUUAAUUUUUUAUGUUUAGUUUUUAACUUCUAUUUCUUCAGUUUGUUUUUCAAUGCAAUAAAAAUGAAAAAAAAUAAUGAGGUACUUUGUGAAAUUCCAAUUUAGUCAAAAACUACUCCCUAAACAAAACCAAAUGUACGAUUAUUUUUUUUUUAUUAACAGAAGUUCUUGUAUGUUUUAGCCAGUUGAAAAGUAAUGUAAAUCUCUUUAUGAAAGCACAUAUCUUAUAUAUAUCUUAUAUUAUCUCAUCAUCAUCAAUUAUCACACAUGCUGUAAUUUAAAAUGUGGCAGGCUUUUUUUUUUCAAAUCAUUAGCAUUUUAAAUGUAAGAAUCUGUUUUUUUAAUUUUAAAUGUCUGUAAAAAUGUUGUGUUUUUUUUAGUGUGGUUUUGUUGAAUCAAAAUUAAUGUCUUUUUUUAAAUUUGAAUUAUUAUUAGAACAGUCUUCUUAUGCAAUUAAAAGCCUACUUUGAGAAAUUAUAUUUAAAAAGAUACAUGUUUAUUGGAUAAAGAUUGUUUUAACUUUGAAUCAGUUAUGCACAUCAGUAGAUAUUAUUUAUUUAUUAUUGAUUUGAUCUCAUUAGUACUUCAUGCAAGAGUUAUCCCAGAUGUGAUCCUGUAUGUGUGAGUGAUCAACAGAGAUCAUCCCAUGAGCAAAGCCUUGGACAUCAUUAAGUCCAUUCCAAUUGUCUCCCCUGCCCAAGAUAUUCUAGUAGCCUUUGAAAAAGUUGUAAUCCUAAUUUGAUCAAACUCAAAUGUUUUCAGCCCCAGUCUCUAUGCUACACACUUCACAACACACAUGCACUUCCUGACAUAAAGAACAACCAUUCAAGAAUGAAGACAAGAUAAAAAGUUGCACUUGCAGCUUGAUUCUGUCACAUUGUUCUAGUUAUUUGGACAUUACAUUUACCUUGACAUUGUUUGCUAAUCUGCUCAACUUUAGUGGUCACUUAUUAGAAUACACAACAAGGCUGAUGACUUCUGACCUGUACAAUUCACAAAGCAUCACAAAUUUUUUUUUUUAAUUUACAUUAUUUGCAAAACACAAACCAGACUGUCUGCACCAUAAUGUCUUUCCAGUAAUGUUUCUUUUGUUUAUUAUGCCAGUCAAUUUAAUCUCUACUCAAUUGUCACAUUUCAGCCAGUAUUAUCUGAUUAUCUGGCCAGGAUAGAAUGUAUGUGUAACUCAUUUUUUUUUAAAUAUGCAUUUAGAGAUAUUUUAUUCAUAGGUAGUUUACACCUGUAGAAACUUUACAUAAUUUUUAGAGGGGGGGGGGGAGAAAAAAAAAAGCAUUUCUAUUUUACGCCUCAUGCAUUUCAUAUAUAUAUAUUAUUUUUUGACUAAAAUAAACCCAGCUUAUACUAUCUUGUGUAUACUGUUUGCCUAAAUAUUCAAUACAGUGCAAGGUGAGUCUCAGUAGCAAGAUAAUGUCUAAUAUUAUUUUUAUUUCAUCUAACAUUUUUUAUCCAACAACACAAACAACAUAGUAACUUACAAUGUUGAGCUUGAUGUG